GGAGCGCAUGGCACAUUUUAUUACUCAAUACAUGUAUAAAAGAUAUGUUUGAAUACCACUGAAUGACUAGGUAAGAAGGCACUUAAGCUCUGUCUGUCUCAGUGCUGUGACUCUGGGCACGCCUCCUCCUGCUGACUACAAGCACAUGACCCAGCGUGUUUACACCUGCAGUGACAGAGAGACACACGGCGCUAAGUGUUUCCCUGACAGGGAAGCCUAUUGUUUGAACCGAGAAAAGAAGCAGCAUUGUCGUGAGGGGUUACUGUUUAGCGGACGCUCUCUGGGACUUGGCUACCUCUGCACGUCUGUAGCCCAGGAGGGAAGCUACAUCCCCGGCCACAGGCUCCAAAAAGGCAGCCUCUUGCUCUCCACCAUGGAGGAGACAGAUGUGGAACAGGUGACCCUGGCUCUACUAGAUGCGGCCACCGAUAAAGACUCAGAGGUCCAGGAGCAGGUCAGAAAGUCUGUGUUGACCCUGGGAAAACAGCAGCCAGACAGAGUGUUAGCCAUGUGUCAGGACUACCUUCUGAAACACCCAAAGUUGGUAGUGACCCACAGAGUUGUGAUUCUUCGGACUAUUGAGCUGAUUGUGGGCUGCAGGAUCGAGGAGAUCAGUUACCCCAGGAUAAAGAGCAUCAUCUCCCUGGCCUCAGAUGAGAUGACACGAUCAAAGGAGGUCGUCCCUGAUUGGCAGCAGGCAGCCAGCAAUAUCUUGGUUGCUGUGGGUAACAAGCACAUCAAUGACAUCAUGGAGGAGAUACUAAGCAAGUUUCAACCGGGGCUCCUACCUCACUUCUUUGUGGUCCAGACGCUAGCCAACCUUUCCGACUCCAAUGUUUAUGGCAUGGUACCUUUCCUGAAUGCUAUUCUGGGCACUAUGUUGCCCAUGCUGAGCAUGGCCAAACAGGACAACAUGAAGUGGGUCUUCUCCUCUGCUCUGUGUCAUUUCAGUGACAGUAUCUUGGAGUACCUCGCCAACCUGGACAAGGCUCCAGAUCCCACAGUCAGAAAAGACACAUUCUCCAGUGAAAUCUAUGCUUCUUUCGACAUCCUCUUCAAUAAUUGGUUGCAAAGCAGGGAGUCUAAGUUGAGGCUAACAGUAGCUGAGGCAGUGGGCUCUAUGUGCCAUCUGAUGGCCAGCGAUAAACUGGAGGAGCAGAUUCCUAAACUCAUUCCUGCCAUCCUGUCCCUGUACAAGAAAAACAAUGAGAAUUAUGUCAUUAGCAAGAGUCUCUGCCAAGUGCUUGAUGCUUCUGUCAACAUGGGCAGCAGAGUGCUGGAGACACAACUGGACGGUCUACUCUUUGCACUGCAUCAACAGGUGUCCGCCCCUGUUGAUUACAGUAACUCUCUUACUGUCAAGAACCACAACGAGGUCCUGCGCUGCUUCAGCUUACUAGCUAACUCCUUCCCAGACCGGCUGGUCAUGUUUGUUCUUCAGAAGUUAGAAAACAGUAAUGAGCGAAGCAGGAUGGGCUCCCUGGCUGUCCUUCGUCACCUCAUCAACUCCACCACUUCCACAAUGGAAAGUAAGAAGUUGCUGAUUCUGGCCAGCAUCAGACAACCGAUGGCUGACCACAGCAACAAGGUCAAGAAGCGUGUGGUCCAGGUGAUCAGUGCGAUGGCUCAUCAUGGCUACCUGGAGUUAGACGGAGGGGAGCUACUGGUUCGAUUCAUAGUUCAACACUGUGCCUUACCUGACACUUAUCAGCGAGUCGAGAGACCCACAGAUCCAGAGGAGGUCACUAACGAGGCACUGAGGAGCAUGUGUGACAGCACCCUUCAUCUCCUCACCACCACUGUUGGACGACUAGCUGAUGUGCUAUGGCCAAAGCUGCUGUACUAUCUGACCCCUCCACAGUACAGCAAUGCCACCACUCCUCUGUGUAAGAGUCUGAUAGUGCUGGGUAACAAGAAGAAACAUAAUCAGGAGCCCAGCUUCAAAAUAGACUUUACACAGGAAGUCAAUCUGCCCUCUCCUCAGACACUAAUGAUCCGACUGCUGGUGAAUGCAGCGUUCCCGUUCAGUAGCAGAGGUCAUGGAGCUCCGUCUCUCUCUCUCCUUCAAAUCCUCAGUGUCAACAUUCACCCCAAUACAGAGAUAUUCUGGGAGAAAGAGAUACCUCCUCUGCUUUCAGUACUAGAGGAGUCAACGGCAGAGACCCUGGAUAAGAAGCAAUGGGAUGAAAACUUGCUGAAGCUCUUGUCUAAAACUCUGGCUACUAUUGACGAUGACAAGUGGGUGUGUCAGUUGACAUCUGAGGCAACGAGAUACCUCUCCACGUAUAACAAUGCCUUAGAGGAGAAGAACUUCCUGUAUCGAUGUGUUGGAGUGACUCUCCAACAGUGUUUCAAUAAGGAAGUUGUCAAAAAACAGCUGCAGGAACUCCUGCUCACAGCACGACACAAUGAUGCCAUGGAAAGAGAGGGAGUUGCAAUGGGCGUCGGUCUGUGUGCCAACAGCCACUUAGAGGGAACUCUGGCCAAGUUGGAUGAGUUCGGCAAAUCAGACGCCUUCAAGAAAUCACCAAGCAUCUUCAACCUUCUCAAAGAGCGUAAUGAUGUUGAGGUAGAGAAGGUAAAAAGCACAUUAAUCUUGUGUUAUGGUCAAGUGGCUCUGAAUGCACCACCAGAAAAGAUACUGACCCGCAUUGAUCAAGACAUCCUUCGCUGCAUCAGUAAACACUUCAAUACCAAGGUUCUGGGGAUUAAAGUAGAGACAAAGGACCUGACUAUGAAGCUCAGUUUGAUCCAGAGUGUCGGGCUCAUAGCCAAAGCCAUCAGUGAGUGUGUUAAGAAACAAGGCUACAUCUUCUCUCGCAAACAGGAGCUCAUUACUGUUAUGCUGGAUUUUAUCAAGGCAGAGCCAGCUGAUUCAAUGAGGACUCCAGUACGCCAUCUUGUGAUGACCACCUGUGCCAAUCUAAUACCUCUGGACCCUGUGCUGAGUGAGAAUGAGAGCUUUGACUUGCUAAAGGUGUGUGUGAACAGUGUAUUCUCUCUGCCGCCUGAGACACACACUCCAGAGAAAACUAAAGAAGAGGAGACACUGGACCCCAGUCAGAGAAAGGCAUUGUACAAAAAAACGUUGGCUGCACUGCAGGAGCUGCUGAAAAGUGUACUGGCAAGGGAUCCUACACCCGAUGGCCUGCAGAGUGUCUUCAAGCACAUUGAGUCGUGGCUGAGCUCUGGACAGGACCACGAGAGAGAGAGAGCUGCCAUAACUACUGCUCACAUACUGGCUUUCUACCUGGAUAACCUGACUGUCAAGAACAUGGUCUCUUUCCACAACCUUGGAGCUCUGCUGGGUCGACUGUCUCCGCGGUGUUCUGACCCUCACCCUGCCGUACGCGCUGCUGCUAUGGACUGCAUCUACACACUUCUCUAUACACAGCUACGCUAUGAAGGUUUCUCACUAGAUUAUAAGGAUGAAGCUGUGGAUAGUCUUUUGUCCCUAAAAGACCAUCUAGAAAACCCUGACCCCUCAGUUCUAUAUAAGACCUGCUCUGACCUCACCAAGGUGAUGAGUAAGCGUCUGCCUCAGCAGCAGCUGACGACGUUGGUGUUCAUGUUGUUUGAAGGGCUGGUCGACAGUCAGACAAACUGCUGCAGAGCUUCUUCUGUCAUCCUAAACAGUCUGCUGAAGAACCGAGGAGGCGGGCUACAAGACCUGGUCCCGGAGAUGAUGGAGGUGCUACAUGUGCGUCUACAGAGUAUCACAGAGGAGCAGGUGAGAGUGGCAGUGGGACAGACGGUACUAAUCCUGGCUUCUCAGCAUCUACAGACUGUUAUCAAUACACUAGUUAACCAACCACUUCCUUAUGACAGCUGGACCAGUGAGAUGUGGAUGGCCUUGGGAGCAGACCCCAUCGUAGCCAGUCAGAUCAUCGAGAUGGUGAUGGAGAAGCUUGUCAUCAUGGCGCCCUACGUAGACAAGAAGGAGUCAAUGAUCAGGGGAGGGGCAACAAAGGUGGCCACCCAUCAGCCACUGGCUAUGACAUGCGGUCUCAAGGAACUGUUAUUAAAUGGCCAGAGUCAGGAGCCGGCAGUCGGUCUGUUUCCUCAGCUCUUCUCCUGUCUCACUGUCAGACUUGGAGCAAGUGUUGGGGUCUUAGCCCCGAAGGACAACAAUACUAAACACAUCACCGCUGUCCAUGUAGCAGGGGUAGCAGCCGAUGCCCUGCGAAUCCUGUUGGCACGGGCCCAGUUAGGUGAGGUGACGAAAAGACUGGAUGAAGAUAACGCCUGGGAGGCGAUCAAGGAACCGAAUACACACAUUGCUGGAGUUACACUACUGGCAAGGGCGAUGGCUAAGCAUGCUGGUCCCAGGUUGCCUGCCAUCGUGGAGUGUCUGUGUCCCUCCUUGAACAACAUCUACGAAUGCCAGAGAAUCACUGUCACUGCUUUCUUUUCUGAGCUCUUAAACCAUCACGUGGUGACGGAGUUGAUGUUGAUAGACGUGUUAAUGAACAACAUGAUGGAGAGGAUAUCAGAUCCCUGUUGCACCGUCCGCAUGUUGUCUGUGCGGGGGCUCGGCAAUCUAGCUGUGGGAUCACCUGAAAAGGUGAAUAAAUAUGCCAAGGAGCUGCUGGCUGCCAUGAGUUCAGGCAUGGAAGAGAAAGACGAUCCAGGUAAGCUGAUUACGCUUGAAGCCAUGUCGGGUCUUUCUAAAGUCCUCCUCUAUCUGGACAAGAAGAAUGUCCACUUGCUAGUGGUCUAUAUCUUCAUGAAGAUUAAACCUUUCUUGGAAAGUGAGAAUGAUGAAAUCCGCUGUGCUUCCAUACAUCUCAUGGGGAACCUUUCCAAGUUUGGCUCAGGAGAGCCAGUGUUCAAAGACCAGAUCCACAACGUUCUGGUCAGCCUGCUGUUACACCUGGUUGACCCAAACCCACAGGUGGUCAAGGCGUGCAAAUAUGCCAUGCGAGUGUGUGCUCCUGUGGUGGGAUCAGAGCAGAUCACAGCCAUGUUUCAAAACCACCUCCACGAAGACAAGAGCUUGCACUAUGGAGAGUUUAUUAAUGACCUCACCAAGUACCUGAUUCAGGACUUUCCAGGCAUGCUGAACUUUUAUCACAUCUCAGUCAUCCAGUUCUUCAAGAGCAGCUGGCCUGAGGUCAGAGCAGGAGCUGCCAUGUUUAUAGGGUUUCUGCUAGGGAAUCUUCCAGAGGAGCAUCUCUCCCACCUCAACAUGGGGACCAUCACUAAAGGUUUAGUGAUGCUCCUCCAAGAUCCAGAUCCUGUGGUGAGAGUGAAGGCUGCUGAGGCCAUGGGGCGUUUCCACUGACACAAAGACAAAUCUCAGCAUUUCCUUUAGUCACAAGUGGUAGGUCGCCACCACAUAAAAACAUGAAAAGAUGAAGAAUAUUUAAUUUGGCCUGCAGGUUGCAACAACAUUUAGAGCUCACCAUGUGCAGUCAUUAUAACAGCAUUCAAAUAACGCAACUACAACCUUCAUUAAAACAAACACAGGGACCAAAAACAGGAACAAAUGUGGAGCCAGAAACCAAACAAACACUGAUUAUACAAACAUACACACGGAUGCACAUAUAUUUAGCACUUAGCAGCUUAGUUUAGCUUCUUUUGACACUUGACUACUUGAAAGAUACUUGAAUGGAGGUGUUAAUUCUUAACUAUAUUUUAGUGACCAAAGACUGUGUUGCUGUAUACAGAUGGACGUUGUUUGUAGCGUUUAGUAUUCUACCAGAGAUAUACUGUGUUCUUUCAAUGAAAUAUACCAUGCGUCAAGGAGUUUCUAAUGAACGGGGUAAAAACACAUUUGAGCUUGAGUGAAAGGUUUAAAUUCAAAUAUUUCUGUGCAAACGAUAACAAUAAUGCGCAUUUAGAGUACAUGACCAUGAUUUCAUAUGACUGGCUGGCUAAAGUGUGUGUGUGUGUGUGUGUGUGUGUGUGUGUGUGGUCAUACCAGCAUUUCGUGAUAGUGUUUUCAGUUUCAGACAUCCUCUUUUAGAGAGAGUUCCAAUGUAGUGGGCUUGGUUUUAUUGUCCUAAAGACCCUCCCUCUGAUUAACACGGUAUCUUUCUUUCCUCAAAUCAGCUCUGAGCUUUAACCCUGCCCUCCAUGAAGAUUGUAGGUCUGUUAAACGUGCAGUACCAUGAGUAAAUUAACAUGAUGUCUAUAAUAGAAAUGGUGAAAAUGCAGAAGAGCUACAGCAGGUUUUAAGGUUUUACGGUCACCUCCAUUUUUGUUUAUCAGUCACUGCCACCGUUACAACUAAAUGGCCACACUGAACACUUCCCGGAGUAACAUUAAAGUGUGUGCUCCACCUCAGACGGCUGCUUUGUCCACAGUCUAUUUCUUCUGCACAUAGUUUAUCAAUCAAUUUCACAUUACGGGCCACAAGAGUUUUCAGCUGUGCUCCAUACGGACAUUAAUUACCAUCACAACAUUGCCCGGCAUCCUGUGGCAGCCAUCAUGAACACAACAGCCAAGUGAGAAGUUGAUAAUCACUUUAAUGUGGUGACCCUUGUGUUUUCAUUCACGUUUUGCAUCAUAUAACACAAUUCUGCGAAGCGAGCUGAGAGCAUUUUUUUUUUUUUUUUUUUUUUGUUAGCCAGGCCAAACUUACAGACUUGACUUCUCUGAACCAGCCAGUUUCAACCAAUCAAACCAUUCCUGUGUAGCUGUGCUAAAACAGUUAGUGCCAAAUGUUUAUUGAUAACACAUAAUACACUAUAGUGAUGCUGUUAAUGAUUCUCUCUCACUUUGAAUCCACUUCAUGUUCAUGUCUUUAUUCCUUUAAAUGUUGGAUUUUGUACAGUUUAAGGAUAUGGUUGUGGGUUUGCAGACCUCUUACUAUGAUGAGUGAAUGUUGUCUUAUGUACAUGUCAUUUUAAUAUUUAUGUCUCCAAAAUAAUUCACUCAAACGGCAACAAGGAAACAAAAUAAUUCGUUAUGUGUCUUAAUUUGGUGACAAAACAUGUCCAAAAGAGAGUCAGAUGAAAGCAAUAUAUUGUUUGUUCUAGAAUAAAUGAUUAUGUGUAUGUCGAUCUGCAAUAUCUCAGUUGCACGUUUAAGCUCUUGUCAUGUAGUCCCUGAUUUAAGAACUGAAAGGCAGACUAGGAGCUGAACCUGGUUGGUGUAUGUACCCAAUUUCAUUGAAUCCUAAUUUUAAUUUUCUUCACGUCGACAGAAGUCACAAGCAGAGAACAUUUUAAUGUUUUUGUCCUGGUUUCAGCUGGUGGCUUUUGGUUAUUUCAAGUUUAACAGUAAGGAAAAUGUUUUCUCAGUGGAAACAAGCUAAUGUUCAUACUGUACAUUUAUCAAUCAAAUGUAAAAGGCAGCUCCUGGAUUGCAUUAGAUGUUCUACAAACAGGGACUUGUGGCUUCUAGCAUUUUCUAACACUAUGGCUUGGUUGAAGGUGAUAGGUAAAUAUUAAUUAGCAGAGUUCUCUGUUUUAAACGAUGUUACGAACUUCAUACCACUGAUGUGAUUUUUCAUGACAUCUACCUGUUUUUUUUUUGGUUUUUUUUAACAUGUUGAAUGCUGUAAAUGUAUGUCUAAGUAUGUAUGACACUGAGGCAUGGCUCAAUGUGUGAAUGUAUUCAGGUGUGACUGUGUGCAUGUCAUCUUGUUGCGUUGCAACGCCAGAAGAGAGACUGGGUGAUGGCAAUCAAUGUAUUUAAAAUGAAGAAAUAAACAGAUCUAUCCAAAUGUAA